CAGCGGAACAUGAUUCAUUCCCAUCCCAUUGAUGCCCGCAACCAAACCCAGCUCCACCGAGUCCGACUACGAUCAUUGGCCACAGUGAAAACCCCAGCAGGCGACUCCUGCAUUUCCAUUGGUGAACGGCGUGUAAAUCAAAUCCGGCACUGAAAUUUCGUUGGUUUACUUCUCAGUGUUCGGUGAAUGCGGACAGCACGAGCGUCACGGUGUGUUUGGGGUGCAUAUGAGAAAUGAGACGCGGGUACAAAAUGUAUCAUGCAUUUCUCUUCGUUUAAAAUGAGCGUUUGCAGUCGGAAAAACAGCGAUGCUUUAAGGCAUUUUUUCUCAGGACUUUUUAGAUUAUUAAGAGUAGACAUCUGUUUACACCGGGGUUCUCUGAUUGAUUCAUCAUCCUGAAACGGACAGAAUUCAAAUGUUUUUAAUGUGUUUUUUUUUUUUUUUUUAAAAAAACGUUUAGUCUUUUUAAACCGAAACCUUGGCAGUGUGGUUUUAUAAUAAUUUUCGAAGAAAUAGAUCGCUUAACGGCUGUAAGUAUAUUUUAGGUGGAAAUGUUGGGUUGUCGGAGCCUCAAACAUCUGGCGAGAGAUGGAUGUGAAUCUGAGUCUCAGCGUAUAAUGAUGUAAAUGAUGCUGCAUCAUUUAUUUCAUAUAAGCCACAGAGGAGAAUCAAGGGUCUGCCUCCAUGCUGAGAUGUGUGCUAGCGACCGGUCCAAUAGGAUGAGCUUGCUCUCUUUACCAUGUAACUGCAAAAAGAAGAAUGCUUUAUUCCUCCACUAGUCUGCCUGUGGCUUCAGGGCAGCCUAGCGCCACCCUGCACCCCCCACCUAGGGCGCUGACCCAGCCAGCGGGUACAAGAGCCAUGGAGAAUUCCUCCGCAAAAGUCAACAGCUCGCUGGAGUUCCGGACUCUAUCGGAAUACAUAACACCUUCAUCUGUUUGGGAGGACUCCGUUCAGGGUCUGAACCUGCCCCUUCAGGUGUUCUUCGGGUUGGUCAUCAUCUGCGUGCUGCUGCUGGCCUUCCUUGGAAAUAUGGUGGUCUGCGUCAUGGUUUACCAGAGAGCCGCUAUGCGCUCCGCUAUCAACAUCUUACUGGCCAGUCUUGCCUUUGCCGAUAUGAUGUUAGCGGUCCUCAACAUGCCUUUUGCCCUAGUCACCAUGGUGACCACGAACUGGAUCUUUGGAGAGGUGUUUUGCCGCAUGUCAGCCAUGUUCUUCUGGAUGUUCGUGAUGGAGGGAGUAGCUAUUUUGCUGAUCAUCAGCGUGGAUCGUUUCCUAAUCAUCGUGCAAAAGCAGGACAAACUUAGUCCACGCAGGGCCAAAGUGUUAAUCGCAGUCUCGUGGUCUCUGUCUUUCUGCUUUUCUUUCCCUCUUUCCAUUGGCCAUCCUGCUCUGUACAUUCCCCCCAGAGCACCACAGUGUGUUUUCGGGUACACGGUCGAGCGUGGUUACCACGCCUACGUGAUGCUGAUUAUGCUGGUGUUCUUCUUUGUACCGUUCCUGGUGAUGCUGUACACUUUCAUGGGCAUCUUGAGUACACUCCGGCACAACGCACUGCGCAUCCACUCCCACCCUGACUCGGUGUGCCUCAGCCAGGCCAGCAAGCUGGGUCUGAUGAGUCUGCAGAGGCCCUUUCAGAUGAACGUUGACAUGAGCUUCAAAACACGUGCCUUCACCACGAUCCUCAUUCUGUUCUCAGUCUUCACCGCAUGCUGGGCUCCGUUUGCCACCUACAGCCUGCUGUCCACCUUCAGUCGUGCAUUCUACUACAGGCAGAACUUUUUUGAGAUCAGCACAUGGCUGCUGUGGAUUUGCUACCUCAAAUCAGCUCUGAAUCCUCUGAUCUACUAUUGGCGUAUCAAGAAGUUCCGUGAUGCCUGCCUUGACCUGAUGCCCAAGUACUUCAAGUUCCUGCCGCAGCUGCCUGGCCACACUAGGAGACGUAUCCGCCCCAGUGCUGUUUAUGUGUGCGGGGAGCAUCGUUCUGUGGUGUAGAGAAGGACAUUUCUGAAGCUUCUUUUGUAAUUCUUAUGGUACAGUCUUAUCAAGCUGUGAUAUGUUUAGCCUUUCUUAAAACUGCAGGAUGUUUUAGCUGUAAAAGAUUGUACAGAUGAGAAGGUUUACAGAGGUUGUACAUUAAACUACUUUAAUUGCACAAUGUUUUUAUAGGAUUUAGAAUUUAUUAGAAGUUUGUUCAGUACAUAUCAGUCAGGUGCUGCUAUAUUUGGUGAAAAUGUGCAAUCUUCUGUUUUAUGCCAUGAAUGUUAUAUUUUGUGCUGUAUUUGUUUUUUCCUGGCUUUGUGAUCUGUUUUACACUUUAAAAUUUCUAUUUAAUUUUAUUAUUGAUUGUUCAGCUUUUCUUUUUUCAUUUUUUUUCAGUGUGGGAAAAAAGGAAAAAGGCAAUUGACAAAGACUUAAGCAUGUUCCAAUCUGAUAAAGUAGAUGACUGCUGGAAAUACGAUUUUUAUGUGAUUUUUUUUUUUUUUUUAAUUGUGAUUUCCAUUCAUGGAGGUGAAUAAAAUCAUGGAAUUUAAUAAAAUCGUAAUUCAUGGAAA